UAGGAAGUGGUCAGGAUGUGUUUGUGUCGCUGUUCCAGAAAUGAAAAUCAUUGAAUCAGCGUUGGACAGGGAGCUAAGCGUCCCCGCUGGACGCCGCGCUGUGUCACGAAAUCUGUGCCGUGGCGUGGCUCGGUAGUCUACUGCCUGCUCUUCUGGUUUCACCCGAACCAGCCUUCACUCGAAGGCAUUUGACAUUUACAUCAGAAUUGUGUGAUUGCGAAAUGACAGCGGGAAACGCGAAGUGCUACAUUGAUGGCUUUCGAGCGUUACGUUAGGCGUUCGACCCAGGUCUGUCUUUUGAACUUUCGGGAUGUCAGGAGCUAGCGUCAUGGAGUCCACCAAAGCGCUCGGCAAACUGGAACUGAGCCCCGGAUUGGCCGCUAUUGGGGACAGCGCCUCCAUGAACAAGUCCGGCCAGCAGCUUCUGGGACCACAGGACCACGCUCACCUGAACGGCUGUGUCCCACUUUCUCAUCAGGUGGCAGGUCACAAGUAUGGAGUGAAGAAAGUUGGUAUUUUACAACACCCAGAUGGAACGGUCUUGAAGCAAGUUCAGCCUCCACCCAGAGGACCACGAGAAAUGCAGUUUUAUAGCAUGGUGUUUGCAGAGGACUGUUCUGAUCCUUGUCUGCUGGACCUCCAGAAACACCUUCCCAAAUAUUACGGCACCUGGUCGUCUCCUGACAGUCCAAACGAGCUCUACCUGAAGCUGGAGGAUGUGACGAGUCGCUUCAACAAGCCGUGCAUCAUGGAUGUGAAGCUGGGCCGCAGAAGCUACGAUCCACUCGCUUCCCAGGAGAAACGGGAGCAGCAGAUCAGAAAAUACCCUCUGAUGGAGGAGAUCGGAUUCCUGAUCCUGGGCAUGAGGGUGUAUGAUGUUCGCAGUGAGACGUUCAACUCCUACAACCAGCACUAUGGAAGGGCCCUGGCUCAGGACACGGUUAAAGACGGUUUAGCUACGUUCUUCGAGAACGGCGUGUGUUUGAGGAGGGACGCCGUCCGGGCCAGCAUCUGCAGGGUGCAGCACAUUCUCAACUGGUUUCACUCCCAGCACCAGCUGGCCUUCUACGCCAGCUCCCUUCUUUUCGUCUACGAGGGUCUUCCCUCCUCUUUCACCUCAUCCUCCCGGUCAUCUCUCCUCAUCGGCCCAUCAGUCGGUGGCGCCGUGGUGAAAACCGCCCAUUCAGUCCUGGUUAGCGAUGGCAGUCAGAGGCAGGAAAAGGAAGCGGGUCAGCAGGAAGCUGGACAGGAAAACAAGCUAGCCGAGUACAACAACAACACCGAGGUGGGCGUUUUAUGGGACAGCAGCAUCUCCACGGUUCUCACCAAUCACAGGAAGGACGGGGACACGCCCUGUGUCCGGGGUCACCUCCACCUCAGCAGGGUGGACGAUGUAGUUGCCGAGGUAACGAGAGCCUCCGAUCACGCUCCUGCGCCGUACGAAGAAGACAACACAUGUCAGAGGAAGGCCGACCCGAAGCUGUCGCCGAAUGGGAACAGAAACCAGGAUGGAGACAGAGGCAGGACAGAGGAGGACGAGGACGGGCUGGAGGGACAGAGGGGGACAGAUGGACAGGGCGGGACGGGAGACGCAGCCGUGGAAGUCAGAAUGAUCGACUUUGCUCAUGUUUUCCCAAGCGAUAGCCUGGACCACGGCUACAUCUACGGCUUGAAACACCUGCUGACGGUGCUGGAGCAGAUCCUGUGUGACGCCGCUCAGAGCGCGCUCAGUCCGCCUACCUCCUGAAGUCCACAACCAACCACUGUGUCUUCUUCUCAGCUAACGCAGAACUGGAGCAGACUGAAGUCUGACGGAUGAGCCGCCAUUGAUUCUUCUUAUCCUGAUGGCUUUAGCUGCGUUUCUGUUAGUGACUGCGUCCCGUAUUUUAUCACAGGUUUUAUUGUCGUGAACAUGCGUUAGCGCCUCAGCUUUUGGUUGUCUUAGAAAAGUUCUGGAUAAAUAAUAUUUUAAGUUAUAAAAACAGAAUGCAGGCUGUAUUUCCCACAACUUGUGGGUUGUUUCUCUGCAAUUUAAUUCCACAGAACGUACCACCUGGAAGUCCCAGGAGUUCAUCCUGCAUCUAUACUACAUGUUUCUACGCCGUACCCUGAUUCCAGCUGAUUAGGUUCCAGCCCCCCCAGUCCCCCCUCCUCCCAACACCCUGUAGGUUGUGGGAUGCGCAGGCUGCAUUACGACCUGCUACCUUCAUAUCAUCAUCCCCUGAUCACUGGAAAGUCUUUUAUUUUUAGCAUGCUUCAAAUGUGCAACAUGUUCCUGUUUUUCUCAUCUCUUUAUAAGAUAUGUGUUCUAUAAUAUCACUUUACAUUAUGCAACUGUAUGAGCUCUAUUUUGACAAGAUAUAAUGAACUAGUGACGUUUUCAGACUGUCUGGCUCUGUGUCAGGCACAUAAUCAACUCCUAAUGCAACUCCCAGUCUGAUCACCUGACUAAUUAUUCAUUCAUUCAUUCAUUCAUUCAUUCAUUCAUUCAUUCAUUCAUUCAUUCAUUCAUUCAUUCCAGAGGAAUUAAAAACAAAGCUCUAUCAGGAAUGGAGUUAUGCUGCUACUGACCUGAUCCACGUCUUUAGGAAAAAAACCAGAUCUGUCAGUCUUUCAUCAGAUCUGUUUGAGUUUAAAUUGCUUUCAGCUGAGAACUGGACUGACUUUAUAUUUGUUUACAGGAGAAAGCAGGAGUGAAAAAAGGUAAAUCAGGGGUUUGAUCAGCUGUCCAUGAAUAAACUGCAACUCGUUUCUAAAAAGCUUAAAGGAGUCAGUGGUGGAAAAGACUCGGAAAAUGAUGAUUAUGUUGGAUUCAGAUGUUAAUUUAGUGCUUUUCUUUAAACCACUGACGACUAACUCAGGUAUCCUCCCUAUCUCUUUAGUGUGUGUGUGUGGGCGUGGGUGUGUGUGUGUGUGUGUGUGUGUGUGUAAAUCAAUGCUAUAUGCUGUAUAACUGGUGGUCUUUCUACUUGAUGUUGGUUAAUUUUUAUUUUUGUAAUCUCAUGGCUAACCGGAUUUCAUUGCUGUUGACCUUGACCUUGUUUUAAACUUUUAUAUUUGAUUUUCAUUUUUACCUCUUGACAGGAAUGCUUGAUGUAUUUACCUUUUACUGUUGCUGUGUAAAAAGUUUCCUUUUGGAAUCAUCUCUCCUCCUCGCUGGUCUAAUUUUUCUCUCCGCCUCCAAACGAUGUGAGGAACAGGAAGUAUCCGACGUUCCACUGCUUGUUUCUGUUUUAGAGUUGCAAUAUUAUUUCAAAAAGCCUUGAAAUUAAACUCACCAAUUGAUUUCCACUGAGGUUUGUCUUGAAACGAACACAGCUAUCAGUUGGAGAUUAUUCCACUCUGUGGAAUUAUCUCUUAGUUAUUAUUAAAGGUUAAUCCCAAAUGUUGGAUUUGGGAUUUAAAUCCUCUUUCUCUUGGUUGUUGUAAAGGAACUUUUUAUACUGUCUGCUUCCACACUGAUCAUUUAGACUUUAUGAGGACGAAAUGGGAAAAACUGCUCUUAACCUGAAUGAAGCUGGUGAACAGUCUGAAUGUGUUUCAAUGAGUUUUCUGCAGUAAUGUGCUACUUUUUAUGAAUGAAAACACUGAGCAGCCCUUAGUUUUGAGCUAAUCUAACUAUUUUACCAAAGUUGGAACGAUGGCUCAUCUCCCACUUUGUAUACAUGUGACAGUUCUACUACUGUCAAGCCACGUCUAACAAAAAUGGCUGAAUAAAUUUAAAGACCAAAGUUGUUGUUUUUGUGUACAAAUGCAUAUGUAAAGCCCAACAUUAUGAUGGGCAUAUGUAUUUAUCCUUGAAUUAUUGACCACCAAUUAUUGUUCACCAGUUUGCCCAAUCUAAUUUAUUUUUUUUGUAAUUUCUAAAACUCAAGUCAUUUCUUAAAGUGUUGGAGGCUUUUAGCUCUUGGUCUGCUAAAACAAGAUUCUGAAGCAUUUCACAAUAUUUGUUUUCUAUAUCAUUUUCAUAUCAAAAAGCUUUAAUCUAAAGUUUAUUUAUAUAUCAAGAAAUAAUUCAAGUCUCUUAAAGAAACAUGUCAUAGUAGGAGUUGGUAAAAAAAAACAACUCAAUUCAUACGUGGAGUUCUUGCUGUAAAAAUCUCAGUUCAAUCUACAGAAAAGAAACGUAUUCUCCCAUCUCUUUUGGAAUAAAAUGUUUGUGUUUACCAGCUCUGCUGCUGACAUUUGGAUAAACAGACUUGAUCCGCUGCAGAACACCAACUGCAACUUCCUGCAGGUUGUCACAUGUUGCCAUCAAGUUCUCGUUGAUUUCUGUUUGGAAUUUCAUCUAUGUUGGAGAUGCCACCAUUGUCUGUAAUGUAGCGUGUCCCAUGUUUUCUCAUAUUAUUGAGUUUGUGUUUACUAUGCCAUGGCAUAUUUAAUACUGUUGGGUUUUCUGUGCCCUCCUGUACAUUCAGAUCUUUUGGAGCCAUUUCUGCUCUCUGGGAAUGGCGACUUCAGAGAAAGAAAGCAACUGUCAGGAAUUCCUGCGGCAGCUGAACUUUGUUUUCGGGUUAUCACGCGUACAACUGAUGUUAGUUGGGCACCAAAUAACAGUGAAUGGAUGGUGAAAUGAUAAAAAAAAUGUCUUUGGAUUUUCUUUAUUUUGAAUAAUUUCUUCAACAGAUUUUCCCGAGAUGAAUUAAACCGAAUAUAUUUUGCAUUAAGGGGACAAAAAGUUUUGAUCUGAUUAAUGCUGGUCAGAUUUUCCACAACACAAGGCAACAUUUUAACAGGGUGAAACCUUUUGAGAGCCACUGUACGUUUAGUUUUUGUACCACUGUUAAAACACUGGAGAUGCUUUUUAAUGCUACGGUAAAUCUCAGUGCUUCAGUCCUGUACAAAGCCACAUCAUUUUAACCCGCGACAAUGAAUUAAUGUAAUGCUAAACUUUAUUCAGUAAUUGUUUUAAUCUUAAACAAAAAGACUGAGAUGUUAUGUUUUCCCUAAUAUGGCUAUUUUUAAUAAACCUUGUCUUUUGUAAUAAAUAAAUAAACCUGUGCAAAAUGUU